AUGCUCCCUGCAUUACAAAAAUCCCAACCUGCUCCAUUGACCGCCAAAGACGCCUUUACCCUCCCUAGUCAUCAGGGGGGGCUCUUGGAUUCCUUUAAAAGGACAGGACUAUGAGGAGUUUCUAAUGUUUACAACUGUCUCAAGGAAGCAUCUACAGGAGGCAGGGAGGCAGUGGCAUGUAUUCCAGGCUUCCCCACAAAAAUUACCAAAAAUAAAUACAGAAAAUAUUUUGUUUAAUAAUUUCCCUUCAAUUCGCAAGGGGCUGAAUGUAUCUCACAGGAGAAAGCAUUCGAGUGAGAGAAACACACCCCUCUGUCUCUCUACGUGUAGGCCAUCUAUCUGAUACUGUCUGGUCCAAAGGAGUAUGACAUUGUUGCCGCCCGUAGCAUUGAAUGCAAGGGAAGCCAGCGACCAUUUGGCCUCCCUUGACAAAAAAAUAUAUAAAGAAUUAGCCAAUCAGUGUUGCUCUAAACUGAGCGAGCUCAACUGUGAAUGGUCCUGGCGAAAGGGAAAAAAAAGUGUCACGGGAAGCCAGCUUGAAUUUGGCAUCGCUCCUAUCAAAUCGCUUUGAGAGCAUACGUCAUUAUUAGAAACAACUUGAAUUGUUGCAUCUCGUUGUGUUGUUGUCCUCCGGUGGCUAGCUAGCUAAAAUUGUCCCUUUCCUAAAUUAGCCAUGGAUGGAGAUAGGGAUUUGGACUUGUGGUUUUACUUAAUUCUCCGUACUGGCCAAUGAUCUCAUCUCAUAUGUAUAUACUGUAUUCUAUACUACUGUAUUUUAGUCAAUGCCACUCCGACAUUGCUCGUCCUAAUAUUUAUUUAUUUCUUAAUUCCAUUAUUUUACUUUUAGAUUUGUGUGUAUUGUUAGAUACUACUGCACUGUUGGAGCUAGGAACACAAGCAUUUCGCUACACCUGCAGUAACGUCUGCAAAAAAUGUGUCUGUGACCAAUACAAUUUGAUUUGAUUUGAUUAUAACGGCGAUUCUGAUCCAACCAUUAAUUGAUACAUUGUUGUGCCCCUGGCCUGAGAGGAUGUAAGUUCAAUAUGUACAGUAGCUAGAUGCAGAAGGCUAAUGUUAACUAGCUAACGUUGCCCAUGAAUGGAAGUUAGGCUAGCAAGCAAGCAUUUUAGCCAACAUGAAAGAGAAGAGGAUGGCAUUGGCGUUUCUCUAAGUAGGAUGAAUCAACAUGUUUUUAUACUUGCACGAACGCGCUCGCGGGCAAACAGAAAUCAGAACCAUGGACAGCCACAUCAUAUUUAGCUUAUGUUGAUUGGAUUCAAUUAUUUUUGCUAUCUUUCAGUUGUCACUGUAUUAGAUGUUAAAUGUUGAAGUUGAAAUGGUGCUGGAAUAGUGGAGGCAGCUCAUAUUUUCUUUGCGACUUGCGGUAACUCUCUGUGGUUCUAAAUCAAUAGUUGUUUAGUGGUCCGAAAAUGUCAGAAACAUGAACUUGCUUAACCAUGCUGUAGGUCAUGUAACUGUCUGUUACAUGCAAUAUGAGUUGUGGACUACACCGGACAGAGGUUGCUAUCCGGUUUUGUGAUAAAACAAAGGUGUGGUUGAAUUUAUUCUGCCACUGUCUUCUUAUUUUCACGGCCUUUAGGCCUAUAUAUCACGGUAACGGCAUAUGAUUUAAUAGCAAACAACGCAAUUAUCACAACAGGUUGGAAUAUGGCUUUUAGGGAUCUUGGCUUCCCCAUUGAUUUUACCCCACACACCGCUACUACAGCUCAGUGGAUCGUGAGUCAACAGAUUCCAAACCAGUCCCAGAAUUUGUCACAGCUGCGGUCUCUGCUGAGGAGCCGGUAUGGUUCGGCCAGCGCCACAGAUCUAGUCAAUGACGAGCCCAUGUGUGAGGAGGAUUUCUGCAGCUACCAAGAUCUUCACAAGCAGACUGAGAAGCAGAGGGCCCUUCAGAGCAGCAUGGCUGAGACACCUCUUCCAGUAUACUAUAGGCAAGGAGACGAAACCUACCCUAAUAUUUCAUGUUGA